CGUGGUCGCCAUGGAGGGCUCCGAGGGGACGGCGAUCCCGGCCCUCCCGGUGAUCCCGGACCUCCCCGCGCUCCCGGCCCUCCCGGCGAUCCCGGACCUCCCCCCGCUCCCGGCCCUCCCGGCGAUCGCGGAGGAGCGGCAGCGGCUGCUGCAGGAGCUGAGCGACCUGGUGGACAGCUGCCACCGGACGCUGGAGGAGGUGUUCGCCGCCUUGGGACGGAGCUUCGACCCGGCGGGCCCCGGGGACGCGGAAGCGGAGGGCGGACAGGGGCUGGGGGGGGGGGACGGGGACGACGACGAGGACGAGGAGGAUGAAGUGGUGGUAUGCCCAUAUGAUUCCAAUCACCAUAUGCCAAAGUCAUCUUUGGCAAAGCACAUGGUCUCCUGCAAGCUGAGGAAACUGGAUUACUCCAAAGAAGAGGAGGCUGAAAUGUAUGACUCUACCUUCUUCUAUGAGAAUGCAAAAAUACCUACAAUUAUUCUGGAUAAAAACCUACAGUCCCAGAUAAUUCAACAAGCGAGGAUUUCUACUGGAAAAGAUGGUGACAUUUACAAUCAAAUGGCUUGUUCUCCACUGCCUGUUGAAGUUCCUCAGAACCACAAGCGGUUCAUCUGCGAUCUAACCCAGUCUGAGCGCCUUGCCAUCUACAAUUAUGUCCUCCAAGAGACCAAGAAACAGAGGUCCAGGUCCCAGAUUACUGAAAACGACAGUGAUCUUUUUGUAGAUUUGGCUGCUAAAGUCAACCAAGAUGAUGGACAAAAGGGUCCCAAGUCCCACCUUGAAAUCCUGGCAGAAAUGAGAGAUUAUAAAAGGCGACGUCAGUCCUAUAGAGCUAAAAAUGUUCAUAUAACAAAGAAGUCUUACACAGAGGUGAUUCGAGAAGUGAUCGGGGUACACAUGGAAGAACUAAGUAGUCACUGGCAGGAGGAACUGGAAAAAGAAGAGGUAGACGAAGGAGGUGGUAUUUCUGGUGCAGUAAAGUCUUCAGGAAGAAAGGAAGAAAGGCGGUCAGCUUCAGUGGAUUCACGGCAAUCCUGUGGAAGCUAUAAAGAUGCAGAACGCACGAGACGGAGGAGAGAGCGCACUAGAAGUCCACAUAAACGGAAAAAAAGUAGAGAUCGGGAGAGAGACAGGGACUCCAGAAGAAGAAGAGACAGGGAUGAAGACAGAUACCACAGCCACAAAAGAAGGAAAUAGCCAAGCCAUGGUCAAGAUAGUCAUGCAAUACUUACAUCUGAACCUUUUAAGACACUUUAAUCAGUAGUGACUGUGUCCCAGGCUUACUGGGAGGACCAUGAUGUGCUGGAGUUUUAAUUGCAUUGUCAGUGGGAAGGGACCGUGUCAGCAUUAUACCAGAUGCUCACCUCAUUUUCCAAUAAAUAUUCAUUAAUAUAAUUUGAACAUUGGGAGCAUAAUGACAUACACCAUAUUUAUGCUGUCUUCAGCCAGUUAGCACCACCAACUUCAUGUUCCUGACUUUCUUAGGGUUUUAUUGGCAAAUUUGCAUCAUUGCCAGCUGUCACUUCACUAAAUAGAACAUAAAAUCAUUUCUUCUAUUAAAAUUCAUAUUUUAGCUCUGCCCCUAGGGCAACAACCCCUCCUUACAGGAACUUGGGAUGUGGAGAGAAGUCUCCCCUCUGCCUCCAACCAAAGCUGGGACUCUUCAACAAACCCCUCGCCCCAGCUUCCCAAAACCCAGACUCAUGGUUUUCCCCAAACAGUGGGACCCCAAAGUUUCCACAUCUUCAUAUGUCCUGUUGCUGCUCAUGACCCUUUCCCUUUCCAGUAGGCCUGCAGCUCCUCCAUCAUGUCUGCCUAUGAAUUAAUAUCCAUCCCCCGCCCCCCAAACUCAUCUGCCACCUGCUCAUAUCUCCAUGGCUUUCUAUCAAAUAACAUGCAUAUAACAUUAAUUCAGACUAAAUAUGAAAUCACCUCAUUUUGCACAAUGGAUGUGAGUUCAGUACUCAAAGACUCCAUACAGGGAGGAGUGGGAUGGGGGUUUGGUGCAGUGAAGACCUGAUGUUUGGGAGGCCAGAGGGAACCAAAAUGUACAAAAGAAUCAUGAGAACGCUUUCUGGUAUCUCUGCCUGAGCAUGGGGUGUGGGUCUAGUGGCGACUCAUCAUGGUAAUUGGCAGCAGAUGCAAUCCAGGCUUUUGGCUUUUCUUCACUGAACAGCUGCAGGUGCCUGGUUUAUGAAAUAAUGCGGUGGAACAGGUCUCCAAGCCUCAGGCCAUCUGAUGGUCUGUAGAGCUGUGGCUGACCAAUCUUGAAUGUUUUUGUGAAACUUAGACCCAUCACACAACUAACACAUGAGGCUCCUUGAACAACCCCAUCAUGUUCAUGCCCUAUUCAGAGACAAGAGCAGAAGCAAUGAAAUCUUACUAGAGUGAAGUUAGGGCAUAAGCAUUAGAUCUAUUCUCAUCUUAACACAGCUUUACCAGGUGGGUUCUGUGAACAACAGAUCACAGAAGGCUACUCCAAACGGCUGCCUUAGACCAUGUAAAUCGAGUGACCAAAAGAAGGGGACCUUGCUCUAAGAAGCUGCUGAAUGUUGGGAGAUGACAGCUGACUCACAGGGCUGGACUGUGACAUUUCUAGAUUGCAGUCUAGAAAUGGGAUGUUUUAUUUUGAACAGUGUCUUCUACUGGACAGUGAGAACUGAGGCAAAAAAGGGGUCCUGUAGAGAUCCUUUCUUAACCCGUUUCUUAAUGGUGGUCUAACCAAAAUUGAAUGAAGGCAUACAUGCAUUAUAGAACUGGCUAUACAAAGGAAAUUGUUUAUAUGUGUUUGUACCCACACACAGUAGAAGAGAAUGGUAGAUUCUUUCCAGGUUUUCUCACCAUGAUCACCAGAUAUUUAUUGUAGCCCAUAUGCCAGGCUAUUUACCAUGCAUUUUGUGUGCAAGACAUGAUAGUGGGUAUAUGGAUCACAGUAAACUUUGUGCCAUUCUAAUUUUAGUGACUAGCUUGUGAGCUAAACAGGCAUAGAGGUUUCUUGACAGCUUACCUAGUGAAUCUUUCGCUAUGUGUGCUUUUUGUUCCUAGAAGUUCUGAUCAUCAAUCUUCUGAUGAACCUUCCAUUUAUUUCAUUUAUUUAUGGCAAAUUCACAAUCCAAAAUAAAAAUUCUGAGUUCUUUUAAAUCUGGGCUAGACCUUAUAGCCUGAAACCCCAGAGUCAGAAAUCGUGCCCUUAUUCUGAUGGUGUCUACGGGAGGGAAAGGCACUAUCUGAAGUCUUGAACGUUAUUUACUGAGAAACAAACCUUAGCAAACCAUUGUGUUUGAGCCCAACCCACAUCCCAGCAAAAUGUCCUUGGGUAAGUCACUUCUCUCUGAUUCAUCUGUAAUGUCUGUUUAAAAUACCAGUCCUCCAUCUGCGUAAUGUGUGUGUUUUGUGAGGUUUAAUGCGUUGGUAAAGAACUUUGAAGUUCUCAGAUCCAAAGUAGCUCUAUAAAUUUAGCAUAUUA